AUGAUAAUGGCUCUUAGAAGCACGGUGCUGCUGACCCUUUUCACCAUUCUUGCGGCAUGGACAGGAUUGUUAGAGGCUCAUCCUUUGGGAGACACUUCAGAUGCAUCCAAGUUGAACUCGGAUUAUUCCCUUUCUGAUCUGGUCAACUUGCGUAAGGUACCUAGUAAUUGGCAAACUGGCGAGCAGGCUUCCCUGGAAGAAGGCAGAAUUGUGCUGACCUCCCGUCAAAAUUCCAAGGGUUCCCUUUGGUUGAAGCAAGGGUUUAAUCUGAAAGAUUCUUUCACCAUGGAGUGGACUUUCAGAAGCGUCGGCUACUCCGGUAAGACUGAUGGCGGUAUAUCGUUUUGGUUCGUUCAAGAUUCUAGCAUACCACGUGAUAAGCAACUGUACAAUGGUCCAGCUAAAUACGAUGGUUUACAGUUAUUGGUUGAUAAUAAUGGUCCAUUGGGCCCAACCCUUCGUGGUCAACUAAAUGAUGGUCAAAAGCCCGUAGAAAAAGUGAAUAUUUAUGAAGAAAGUUUUGCCUCUUGUUUGAUGGGCUAUCAGGACUCCUCUGUUCCUUCUACGAUUAGAGUGACUUAUGAUAUGGAUGACAACAACCUAUUGAAAGUGCAAGUGGACAAUAAAAUCUGUUUCCAAACCAGGAAGAUUCACUUCCCCACUGGAACAUACCGUAUUGGUGUCAGCGCUGAAAAUGGUGCAGUGGACAACAAUGCAGAAUCAUUUGAGGUAUUUAAGAUGCAGUUGUUCAACGGCGUCAUUGAAGAUUCUUUGAUUCCCAACGUCAAUGCAAUGGGCCAACCAAAAAUGAUCACAAAAUAUGUCGAUAAAGAGACUGGAAAAGAACAGUUGAUCGAAAAGACAGCAUUUGACGCCGAGAAAGACAAAAUUUCAAACUACGAAUUGUAUAAAAAAUUGGACAGAGUAGAGGGCAAAAUUUUGGCCAACGAUAUCAACGCCUUAGGGGCAAAGUUGGAUGGCAUCAUAAAAGUCCAACAAGAACUGCUAUCGUUUGUGAAAACCUCAACCGUACCACGUUCCACUAAGGAGGCCGCUGACAACGAAAAAGGUACUUCCUCUGAUAAUGCAAUCGCUCAAGAUAGAGAAAAAUUUAAAGAUUUCUUAUCGCUCAACGCAAAAUUAGAUAAAAUGCUGGUAGACCAAGAAAAAUAUAGGGAAGCUGCAAAAAUUCACGGCCAAGACGGUCCCCAGGUCGACGAAAUCGCUAGAAAAUUGAUGAUUUGGUUGCUGCCAUUGAUUUUCAUCAUGUUAAUUAUGGCCUACUAUACAUUUAGAAUUAGACAAGAGAUUAUUAAGACCAAACUACUAUGA